AUGUCUUCCACCAAGAAUGAUGAGCUCAUGGCGUUCUCCCCUGCUCUAAUGGCUAAGUGGGAGGCGGCAGCUGAUAAAGCAUCAAGAGACUUCCGCUCUGAUGUCGUCACGGUUCCAACGCCAGACAUGAUGCAGAGUACGUCAAAGGCUAUCCUCGAGGCUUCGGUGAACGAUGACAUCUACGACGUUGACGGCGAUCCAUCCGUCAAGGCUCUUGAGGCUAGACUGGUGGAUUUGACUGGCAAGGAAGCCGCUCUCUGGGCAAUCUCUGGGACUCAAGGCAACCAGAUCUGCCUCCGCACCCAUCUAACCCAGCCGCCUCAUACCGUUCUUCUGGACUACCGUGCCCACGUCCAUUGCUGGGAGUCCGGCGCCCUGCCAGUCAUGUCUCAGGCGUCUGCCACCACGGUUCAUCCCAAGAAUGGAGUUCACCUGACUCUCGACGAUGUCAAAGCGAACAUGAUUGCGGAUGAAAACAUCCAUUUUCCUCCAACGCGUGUGGUGUCUCUGGAAAACACCCUCAGCGGUACAAUUCUUCCCCUCAAAGACGCCCAGGCCAUCUCUCAAUACGUGCGAUCCUUUCCCGUACCAGAAGGACAGAAGCCAGUGGCAAUGCAUCUCGACGCCGCUCGUUUGUUUGAUGGUGUCAUCGGUGAGGGUGUUGAUCUCAAGGCAUAUGCAGCUUGCUUCGAUAGCUUGUCCAUCUGCCUGGCAAAGGGCAUCGGUGCACCCAUGGGAAGCGUUAUCCUCGGAAGCAAGCAUUUCAUUGAGCGUGCCAAAUGGUUCCGCAAGAUGUUUGGAGGUGGCACGAGGCAACCAGGAAUGAUGGCUGCGGCCGCGCUAGAAGCAUUGAACUACACCCUUCCACGCAUGAGCAAGGUUCAUGCAUUGACUAAGGAGACUGCGGCCAAGAUCGAAGAAUUGGGAUACAAGUUCGCGCUCCCAGUCCAAACAAACAUGAUCGUUCUUGAUCUGGCCGCCGUUGAUAUCCCGGCUGCUGCGUUUGUGGACUACUGCGCCAAACGUCGACUGGCAGUCUUCCCGAACGGAAGGGUUGUGCUUCAUCACCAGAGUACAUCGGAAACAACUGACGCGCUGGUAACUGCAUUAACGGAGCUCAUGAGGGACAAGAGUGAUGGGAAAGCUCUCAGCAAUGCCGAGGUUCAUGGAGGAUAUUCCUAG